GUUUAUUUCAAACGUCACAUUUACUUCAUCCAAUACACGCUCUGACAUCCCACGCGCCAAACCGCUGUGGACCAAUCACAGCUGCCGGUGCUCCGCCGCUCUCCAUAUAAGCUCGCUCUUGCCGCUCAGUCUGCACUUGUGUUUUACUGUUGGAGCAGUGAGGACAUAGAAAGCGCAAUGGCAAGAACCAAGCAGACAGCCCGCAAAUCCACCGGAGGAAAAGCUCCAAGGAAGCAGCUAGCCACCAAGGCUGCCCGAAAGAGUGCCCCGGCCACCGGCGGCGUCAAGAAGCCUCACCGUUACAGGCCCGGUACUGUGGCUCUUAGAGAGAUCCGUCGCUACCAGAAAUCCACAGAGCUGCUCAUCCGUAAGCUGCCCUUCCAGCGUCUGGUCAGAGAGAUCGCUCAGGACUUCAAGACCGAUCUGCGCUUCCAGAGCUCCGCUGUCAUGGCUCUGCAGGAGGCCAGCGAGGCUUACCUGGUCGGCCUCUUCGAGGACACCAACCUGUGCGCAAUCCACGCCAAGAGGGUCACCAUCAUGCCCAAAGACAUACAGCUGGCCCGCCGCAUCCGUGGAGAGAGACUCCUCUUUGAAACAGACAUGUUUGGAAAAGGCCUGCAGCAGCUGUUGAGAAAAGGCCACUAUGCGGAGCGUGUGGGUGCCGGCGCCCCCGUCUACCUGGCGGCUGUGCUGGAGUAUCUGACCGCUGAGAUCCUGGAGCUGGCUGGAAACGCUGCCCGCGACAACAAGAAGACCCGUAUCAUCCCUCGUCACCUGCAGCUGGCUGUCCGCAACGACGAGGAGCUCAACAAGCUGCUGGGUGGAGUCACCAUUGCUCAGGGUGGCGUGCUGCCCAACAUCCAGGCUGGUGGCAAGAAGAGGAAGCGGAGCAGGAAGGAGAGCUACGCCAUCUACGUGUACAAGGUGCUGAAGCAGGUCCAUCCCGACACCGGCAUCUCAUCCAAGGCUAUGGGCAUCAUGAACUCGUUCGUCAGCAACAUCUUCGAGCGUAUCGCCGGAGAGGCCUCCCGCCUUGCUCACUACAACAAGUGCUCCACCAUCACUUCCAGGGAGAUCCAGACGGCCGUCAGGCUGCUGCUGCCCGACGGAGAAAGCAAAAUGGCAAGAACUGAGCAGACAGCCCGCAAAUCCACCGGAGGAAAAGCUCCAAGGAAGCAGCUGGCCACCAAGGCUGCCCAUAAGAGUUCCCCGGCCAUCGGAGGUGUCAAGAAGCCUCACCGUUACAGGCCCGGUACUGUGGCUCUGAGAGAGAUCCGUCGCUACCAGAAAUCCACAGAUCUGCUCAUCCGCAAGCUGCCCUUCCAGCGCCUGGUCAGAGAGAUCGCUCAGGACUUCAAGACCCACCUGCACUUCCAGAUCUCUGCUGUCAUGGCUCUGCAGGAGGCCAGCGAGGCUUACCUGGUCGGCCUCUUUGAGGACACCAACCUGUGCGCAAUCCACGCUAAGAGGGUCACCAUCAUGCCCAAAGACAUACAGCUGGCCCGCCUUAUCUGUGGAAAGAGAGCUUAGACCCACCAUACCAACUUUACACUAGACACAACGGCUCUCAUGUUCCCUAUGAGAGCUCAACCAUAAUCAUGAUGUAUUCGUUCUAUCAUUUAGUUUCAAAUAAUUCUGGAAAGCGGCUUGGGCUGUCAUUUGUAAAUUAAGAAACAUGCCACAUAGGAAGGUAGAGGGUAAUAUUCUGGAAGAGAUUUGACUGCCUGCACAUUACAUUAUCUCCACUGGCUGCUUUUGUUAAUCCCCAGAGAGAAUUUAUGGAAACUUCGAUACACUUGUCCCUUCUUCCUUUGCCUCAUCUUUAACAGCCUGCUACAACUGCUUAAGGAAAGAAUUUGCCCAAGCUAAAAAAAAAAACAACAACAACAAAAAAAAACUCAUUCUCUGUUCAUCUGCAGAAACAAAGGGCACAAUGCUUCAACUUCAUAUUGAUUUUGUCACUUUAGCUCCGCCUACUAAAACUGACACUCACCGACCUCUCUUACGUCCGCAGAACACCUGGCAGUCUGAAAGAAUUCAUUUUCACAAUGACAAAAAUGUACUGAUAUUCAAAAUUGGUGUAUCAACAACAUUUUUUUAAAGGAACCUGUUUUCUCAGAAGAUGAACCGUAUUGGAGAUGAACAACCAUGAUCUUCACAUUAAACCAUUUUUGACUUCAACUUAUAUUAGUGCAUGUUUACAGCAUGAUGAUACUAUAGAAAACAUGUAUAUUUUCCAAUUUCUUUCUGCUAAUUGUACAUUUUUAGAUAUACAUUUCUCAGUUUAUUGUUCUUGAAAAAAAU